UCUCAACAAUCUAUGGUCUCAAGAAUAAUCAAAGAGAAAAUGAAUGAUUUCUUUUCUGUUCCCGGCGUCUUUGUCGUCUUUCACUUUGGUUGUUUUCCACGUGUAUGUUUAGUGGCGCCGAGACGUGUUAGUUAUGUGUCUUGCCGGAGGAAGCGUAACAGUCCCAACGUUAUCGUCACUAAUCUGUGAGUUUAUUGUUGACAGUCCACUAUAUAGAAAGAAGCUUUGCACAUCGAAUAACAAUUGUAUUAUGUUUAUUUAGCUUUGUUCGGUAUACAGUAGAUAAAAACAGACUAUGACUUCUAGCAGCUAUGGCUGUGGUUUCUAGAAGAAUCGAAGAAGAAAUUGAAUCCAGUACAAUGGCAACGUUCGAGACCGAUAAAAGAUUAUUGGAAGUUUUAGAGGUUUUUCUCUCACCUAAUUAUAACAUUACCUCUGUAACUUAUCUCGAUCUUCUAUUGACUCAUAUAGGAGAAAAUAUAAAGAAACAAUCUUUAAAAAAUCAGCAACACUAUGAAAUUCUUCAAAAAUGGGUUAUACAAGCUCUAAAUACAUGGGAUUCUAAUUGUAAGCCAUCUCGACCUAUAAUAAUAUUUAUAUUAAAACUCGUGGGUUUAGUUGCAUCCAAUGAAUUAGAUUUUCAUCGGUGGCAAUGUCACGAUGUAUAUAAUAAACUUUGCACUAUCAUCCAACCUUCUAAUGAAGAUUUACCUGCAUCAAUUAAAAUUGCUUAUACACAAAUGCUCUCAGAUUUAAUUAAACACAGAAGCGGUAGAGAAUGGAUACUUGAAUCAGGUGUCUGGAAAGAUAUUGUAAAGUGUGCUCAUAGAAAUUAUACAAUGUAUAUUACGCAUGAGAGUCAGAAAUUUUUAUGGACUCUUCUUUUACAUGAACAACAGAAUAUAAAUAUUUGUACAGAAAUUAUAUCUGCAAUAACUGAUCCAUUAAUAAAUAAUACUUUUAAUCCUCAAAUACAUCAAACUUUAGAGGAAAGUUAUUUGGACGAAAAUAAAUUGCUAUGUACCACUUUAGAUUUAGUGACAAGCAUUUUUGAAAAUACAUUAUUUGUAAGCAUGGAUAGCAAGAUUCCAGAGUUAUUUGAAGGACUCUUCAAUUUAGAAAUGCGAGUAAAAGCUCUUUUUGAAGCAUGCAUCGGUACUAGAUUUCUCCAGCAUGUACAUAAACUAUUGUUAUUAUUACUUUUUUUAAAAUUAAAACGUGGAAUUAUAAGCAAUACUAAGGCUAUAGAUAAUGAUGUAUGGCAAAAAUUUAGUUAUGGUAUAUGUUAUAUAUCAAUGAUGCUACUAUCAAAAAAAUAUAUAGUGGAACUUAUAAAAACGAAUAAGUUUUUAAUGAUAUAUUGGAAAAAAUUGCGUAUGCUAUGUGAGUUUACUCUGCCAGAACAACAUAAAUUUGAACAUCAAGCGAUAGUACUAAUGAUUUUACCACUCUGUAUAUGCGUUAAGAAAGAUCAUGUACAUCAUGAAUUAUUUGAUAUGUUCAUUAACAAAAUUUUUGAUGUAACAUGUAUGCCUGUGCAAAGACUAUUGUAUAAUGUAAGAGAUGUAAUAUGGAAAAGUGAUUUACCAUUAGAACAUAUUUGUAAAGUAUCAAUUGAUUUACUUUUAGAGAUAACAAACAUCAUGGAUAGGGAUGUAGCAGUUAUUACAUUUCAAACACUAUGUCAUAUUUUGAAAAAUUAUCUGCCAGAUUUAAGAGAUGGGACGAAAAUCUGUUCGUCUUCAGAAUCUAAUAAAACAGGACUCCCAGAUAAUUCAAGGAAAAUAAUUUAUAAGUCAAUAUUAGAAGGUGACCCAAUAGUUGACAAUCCUAUUUUAUUGGCAUCUCUUCUUAAUGGUCUUGCCAUUAUGACAGAAAAGUUUAAAUUAAAAUGGCAAGAAUGUGUUGAAACUAUAUGUCUAUUAUCUCUUGCACAAGGAAUUUUAAAUCAUCCAGGUAUUUUACCCAUGCUUUGUGUGAAAGCAUUAAAAGUAUGUAAAUUGGCUAUUCAAAACUUUAUGCCACCAAAUUUGGCAUUACUCAUAGAUUCAGAUAGUCAUAUGAAUGAAAUUGGUCCAACUUUAUAUAAAAGAUUACAUGAUCCCAAUUGGGAAGUUAGAGACAGCGUAUUGGAAGUACUAAAUACUAUUGCAAUAAUUUCAGAAGAUAAAUAUCCAGCAUUUCAAGAUUUUUUACUUUCUAAUCAGUUCUUACAAUUGGCAAUUGAUAUUGCACUAACAGAUGGAGAAAGCUACGUACGAGCAUCUGCUCUAAUCUUUAUUUCAUCUACUGUUCGUAUAAAUAAAUUGUGGGAUGAAAAGUUAUCUUUCUUUGAUUUUCCCAAUAUAAUUAUAAAAUUAUUCAAUAAAGAAACUGAAGGUAUAGUUCGAAGAGAGGCCGUGGUUUUAAUUAAAGAAUUAUAUAUUUAUAGAAAAUGGUUGAAAAGUACUAUCAAUUAUAUAUCAGAAGUUAUGUCUGUGGCAGCCAUUUUUGAUUUACAUUGGGAAGUUAAGAUAAGUGCAUUAGAAUUUUGGAAACAUUUUAUCAAAUCUCAUUUAAGUGAUCAAGGAAUGUUAGAUGGAUCAUUUCCAAAUGUAACAUUUUCCAAAGAGCAAAGAAAAAUAGUCGCAUUGGAUGAAAAUGAAAUAAAACGUAGAUUAAAUAAAGCAUUAGAUGAGCUUGCAAGGCAAAAUUGUCUAGGUGUUUUGUUAGUUACUUUAAAAGAUGAUAGCGAUUUUGAAGUCUGUAAAGCUUCAGCAAUGAUUAUAAACAAACUAAAAAUAUUUUUAUUAAAAUAUAAAUUUAAUGAUACAUUGUUUGAAGUAUCUUUACCAAAGAAUAGUGCUGGUAUAGAUAAUUCAUACAUUAAACAUGUACAAGAUACAACAGCAGUUCAAUCAAAAAAAGAACCAAGCAAUUCUCAUAACAUUAUUGAUGAAAUUGUAAAUACAAAUGAUGCGAUGCUCUUAGCUACUGUUUAUAAUAAUUCCCAAGAAAAAGAUUAUGAAAAUACGGAAAAGAAAAUGCUUAAGUACAUUUCUCAUAUAACUAAGCAGGAUUUUUUGGAUGUUAUAUUUAAUUCUGAUAUUGAUGCUUAUAUCGAAGAAAAAAGUCGAUGGUUAAAAGGAUAUACUAAUAGUUUUGAAUCUAUUUUGGAUGACAUCUUGACAAUGUAUAAACAAGGAGACGUAAACUCAAUGGACUGUUACUGAAUGCACAAAGCCUUAUCGCAAGUGCCUUCACAAAUUAUACAAGAUGAAAUAUCUUCUAUUAAACUAUUUCUGAGAUCAGUAAUUCUUAGUAAUGUGUAAUUUAUAAAAACAAAAUAAAAAAUACUAUAUUCGUUCGUUUAUUAAAAGUGAAAA